AUGAGUUUGUGCAUGCAAGCGAGGGUGAGACUACCUUCUAGGGGUCAAGUAAGGAUCCCGCCACCCAUCGAUGACCGUUACGUGGCCAAGUAUUGCAGGGCGAAGAAUGUUAGAGGUAGUGCAGCUGCUGAGGGUACCCGGGAUUUUGAUGGUCCUGGUACUUCUACUCUCGGACCCGAUCCUUACCUGCAGGCUGUCUGCAGUUACAACUGGGACUGGAUGGCGGCAACUCAUGAAUUUCUAUUGCCACUAAACUCAGUUGGAGUACUGCAGGAUGAUGCUUGCAAAACAUUUCAUGAGUUCUGGUUUGAGGAGCCUUCUGCUUCACAAACUCAGGUCUUUGAAAAUGGUAGUACUGUUCCACUAGAGGUGGCUAAGAAAACUGAGCAAAUCGUUGAAAUGCUGAAGAGAUUGCCAAAUAAUCAGCUUCUUGUAACUAUAAUAAAGCGCAACUUGACUCUUGAUUUUUUUUUACCGCAAUCAUAUGUGCUAGUCUUGCAUGCAUUUUGUCUUGUGGACCCAACUCUCUGUGCACCAGCUUCUAACCCUUCCCAGUAUGUCAUUACUUUGCAGCCAUAUCUGAAGACUCAGGUUGACAAUAGCAUGGUCGCACAGCUACUUGAGAGUAUAACAUUUAUAAUUGAUGAUGUGUUGCCAUUGCUGUGUAAGUUACCUCUCAGUAUUGUGGAUGAACUUGAACAAGAUUUGAAGCAGAUGAUUCUUCGACGCUCUUUCUUGACAGUUGUCCAUGCUUGUAUCAAAUGCCUUCGCAGUAUGAGUAAGAUUGCUGGAAAGGGGGCAGAUGUAAUUGAGCAUCUUAUCCAGGUCUUCUUCAAAUGUUUGGAUACCCAGACAAUUGUAAACAAACAGCAAGUUGGGCGAUCUCUCUUCUGUAUCGGCUUACUUAUUCGUUAUGGCAACUGUUGGCUAGCAAGCUCUGGUAAUAAACUUGUUGAUGUCAGAAGGAGCCUCAGCUUGUUUAUGAAGUAUCUUGCCGUGGACGAUUAUUCUCUUAAGGUUAGAUCAUUGCAGGCACUAGGAUAUGUUCUAAUUGCAAGGCCUGAAUUUAUGUUAGAACAUGACAUUGGAAAGAUACUGGAGGAAACACUGUCUUUUCACGCUGAUGCUCGGCUUAAGAUUCAAGCAUUGCAAAACAUGUUCGAGUAUCUUCUUGACGCUGAAAGCAAAAUGGAAGCAGAAGCUGAUGAUAAUAAUUCUAGUGACAGGAUAUGGAAUGGAUUCAUGCAUUUCCAUGGCUUGGAUUUGCUGCAGGUUGCAUUAUGGUUUUUUUAA